CGCCCGUCGUUGAGUAAAUGUUGUUAUGUUCAUCAGAUUAUCUGCCUUGAGUAGAUAACAUUUAUAAAUAAUAAUUUGCACAAUUCUAACUUCAGUGAGUUUAUUAGUUUCUCAAUAGAAAAUGUUAGAGACGGACGAAGUAGAUGAUGAUUAUUUUACCCCUUUAUCGAGUACAUCACUGGCUAACAUAUUUAGUAAACCAACUGAUCCCAGUGAGGAAAACUCUUCCUUAAAGUAUGUACCUCCAAAGCCAGCUGUAGGUCCAAAACCAGAAGAUGUUAAAAACACUGAAUGUGUUCUAGCUUGUGCUCUUUUUGCAUAUGAGUGGUAUAAUAAUGUUUACACUUCUAAAGGGAAACUUGGAUUUGCUAUCAUGAAAAUUUUAAAGACAGGUGUUAUGAAGAUUUUACUUUAUGAUUCAAAUAAAGUUACUUUAUCCUGCACAACAAUACAGCCAUCCCUGAAUGUGAAAAGAAAAGGGGACACAUAUCUCUCUUUCUAUGACAAUGCACAGAAAUAUUGGAGUGUUUGUGGCACUUCUCAAGAAAUUGAUAAAAUUGUUCAUACAUUACAAAACUGUGAUGUUACAAUCCUACAUAUGCAAGAUGAACCAAAACCCCGGGAUAUUCCAGAUAAUUUGCAAAAACAAUCAUAUCCCAUGACAAUGGAAAGUCAAGAUACUAGUAAAGGCAGUGAUACAGACUCUUCUGUGAAUAGAAAAACUAAAGCAUCAAUUCUUAGUAGAAUGGCAAGCAUGGGUCACUCUAUUUUACCUCCACAAAGACUGACAGACAGGACAAGUGACUCUUCAGAUACAAAUGAAACUGAAGAGCAUCACAAAGUACUCAGGCAUAAACCUACCAAAAGUAUUCCUAGAAAACAUCAAGAAAAAAUAUCUACAGACAGUGUAAAGUACUCUGGAGAAUCUCAAAAUAAUAUGUCAAUUACAAAGAUGGAAGCAAAGCCAGAAGACAUAUCUUAUCUUACACUAUCCAGCAACAAUCUCCUCCCACUACCAAGCACAAAUAUUAUUAGUACUAUCAGCACUCCGAAUGAUAUGUCAUUGCUAAUGUCUGAACAAAGAAUAAGCAACAGUGAAAUAAGGAUGAACAUUGGCAGACUAACUGAUAAAGUAGACAACAUUUUAGAUAAAUUGAAUGAUUUAAGAGUAAAAGAGACCUCAGCUAAUAACUGCUCCAUUGAGAUUUAUCAGAAAUUAUUAUCUGAAUAUGAAAACAAAAUAAAAUUGUAUGAAGAAGUUAUGAAAGCUAAUGGAUUAUCAGUUUUUGAUUUGAAAUCAUUAGCAACUGGUAAUGAUACAUCCAAAGGUAUAAAAUCAAAUGACCUUCAAUUGAAUACAGAAAUAGAAAAUCUCAGAGGACAAGUGAGGGAUCUUAAAAAAAGUAAUGAGAGUAAAGAUGAAGAAAUACUAGAACUAAAGAAAGAUAUUAAUCUUAUUAAUUGUAAACAAAAUGAAGUCAAUUCUUCCCUGUCUAAAACAAAUGAACAACUGAUGGCUGAGAUCAGAGAACUGAAAAUAAAGAGUGAAGAUUUGAAAAAAUGUGAAUCAGAUAAUAAAAUGGACACAAACGAAAAUAAAAAUACUGGUAAUAGAAUCAAGGGAAUCAUGAAUGAUACAUAUCAAUUGAUUGCUGCUAGUUUUGAAAACAAUGACACACCAUCAUAUUCUGGUUCACAUGUAAGAAGCACAGUAGCAGCAGUGAUCAAAAAAGUUACUUUAGAGGUUUUAAAGGAGUAGGUACCUAGGUGAUGAUGAUCACUAGGUAUGUACUAUGUCAGUAACUAAUAGUAACUAUGAUUACCAGUCUACAGUACAGUGCCAUAUUGUAUUAUAUGAUUACAUUCCAGAUAUAUCGUUUUCAGUAGCGUAAAUAGGAUCUAAUAAUACUAUGUUUAUAAAAUUAUGUAUUUCCGAAUUAAUUUGUCAUAUCAAAGAUUUCUAGACUGGCAGAAGAAACCCGAAAGACAGUCAGUUAUUGAAAAUUAUGAACUAGCAAACCGCAAACAGGUUUUAAGUGUGGAAAUAGAAAGCAGGAUCCGUAAGUUAAUAUUUUAACUGGAUGAGAGAUAAGAUAAAGUGAUUGAUAUGGCCUUUUAUAAAUAAAUAGGUACUUAUAGUCCUUAUUCUUAACUUAAAUGUAUGGUCAUUUUUAAGUUAUUAAUCCAAUUUAAAUAAAGCAAUAUCUACUAAUUUAGUUGUGUAACUUAUCUUAAAUAAAAUGUAAAUUACCGAC